UUUCAUAGCUUCACAGGCUCGCCACAAGCCACCACCGUCCCAGUUUAUUAUCUCACCACGUCCGAUUAUUUAUUCGUUUUAGCAGUGGAUUUCAUUUAAAUUGUUCAUUUUUUACCAAUUAUGGGUGCGGAAGAGGAAUAUACUAGUGGAAAGAAUUUCAGAGAGAACUUGAGGAAGCCGGCUCCAAAAACUCGCAUCGUGCCAGCAUUCUCCAUUCAGGCCUACCAGAGAGGUGUCGUGGUCGAGAAACCUCCCAAGCCUAAAGAGAAAGUGAGACAUCCUGUCAGCAACACAGCCUUCAAGAGGUUCUACAUCCGCGGAGACUUUCCUAUAUCUAUGGAGUUCUCCAGUUUUGGAUACAAAAUUUCUUGGAAAGAUCCCAUAGAGAAUCUCAACUUCCAUCAUUAUCUUCCAGUAUUUUUUGAUGGUUUGUGCGAGACCGAGCAUCCCUACAAGUUCUUCGCCAGGCAAGGCAUCCACGACAUGUUGGUCCAUGGACGGAAUAAGAUCCUCCCAGUAAUUCCACAACUUAUCAUUCCCAUUAAGAACGCUCUGAGUACGAAGAACCCUGAGGUGAUCUGUACCACCCUGAAGGUGCUGCAACACCUGGUCAUGUCAGCUGACCUAGUGGGGGAGGCGUUGGUCCCCUAUUACCGCCAGAUAUUGCCUGCACUCAACGUUUACAAAGACAUGAACGUGAAUUGUGGAGAUGGAAUAGACUACAGUCAGCAGAAGAGGGAGAAUAUCGGUGACAUGGUACAGGAGACACUGGAGGUGCUUGAGCGUUACGGAGGCGAGGAUGCCUUCAUCAACAUCAAAUACAUGAUUCCCACAUAUGAGUCUUGCAUGCUAAACUAAAGUUCCAGUACUUUCCUUUUUCCCUACAGCAGGAAGCCAAAUAUUAGCGUGUUUAGGAUAUUGUAAAUUUAAUAUUUAACUCUAUAUCAAUACGUAAUGACAUUUAUAUUCGAUUAGAAUUAGAUAAAUUUGAAAUCGUCCGUCUCCAAUGUUCUCCACCCCACCUAAAAUAUUCAUAUUCAAAUUAUGUCUCGUUUACUUCAUUUUAUUGAUUACAUUUUUCUAAAAGGUCUUGUGUAUAACAACUUGUAGGUUAACACUCGGUUGUGUUAAGUUUGUUAUCAAAAAUAUAUUCAUGUUACUUUAUUCUUAA